AACAAAAAAAGAGCAAUCCCCAUCGGUCUAUAUAAGCUCCCAAAGACUCUCCCUUUCUCUUUACCUCUCCACCAUGGAAAUCUCAGCCCUCUUCUUCAUCAUCUUCUUCCUCCUCUCACCCAUCUCCAUUAAAGCUCAAACAACAACAACUCAUUGCAGCCAUGGCAGCCCAUCAAUCCAUCUCCCUUUCACCUUCAACCUUUCAUGUUCAUCAAACACAACAAGAAUCCACUUCAAAUCCUACGAUUCUCUAUCAAUCAAAUCCAUUUCCUACGACCAAAAGCGGCUCGAUCUUAUAGACCUCAAUGGUUGCGUUCACGGCGCGUUUCUCAAACUAAACCUCACCCUCACUCCAUUUCGAUACUUCUACGUCGUUCGAGAUUACAAAUACCUCAAUUGCACGUCGAAAUUGUCGUCGCCGUCGCCCCCGAUACCGUGCUUGAGCCGACCUCGAGAUUACUAUGUAUAUGUGGUGAGGGAAAUGGAAGAAACACCAAGGUUUUGCAAGGAAGUGAAGAAAGUGAAGAUCCCAUUUGAGUAUAGCCCUUAUCUUGAUGAUGGGUCUUUUGGACUCUCAUUAAGUUGGGGAGCUAAUGAUGAUGAAGGAAGAACAGAGUCUGAAAGAGGGUGUCUUUAUAAAGCACCUAAUUAUGAAGGUGUUAUCUUACUUGCAGCUAUGGUGGUAAUAUCAUCGAUGGUGAUCAUAAAGAUUUGCCACUCAAAAAAACAUAAAAUUUUGAAGGAAGAAGUUCAGAAAAAGGUGUUUGAGCAUCCGUAUGAAGCACUAAAGCCUGGAUCAGAUGAAGUUUCCGUUUGAAUUUUUGAUCGAAAA